GCUGGGCUGGUGUGUGUGUGCAUGUGUGUGUGUGUGUGUGUGUGUGUGUGUGAGAGAGAUGGACUUCAGUAACCAGGAUGUAGAGUUGUUGUUUGAUGGAGUAGCUGACAGGAUCAAGAGUCACAAGAGCAACCUGAAGGAGGAGCUGAGGAAGUUAAGGGAGGAGAUCAAUGUUGACACACUGAAACAGGAGCUGGAGAGAGAGAGAGGACGGAGACUGGACCUGGAGCAGAAGAUGAACGAGGUCCUCAAAUCCAGGUUGGAAGACUCUCCGCCCCUCCCCCCAGGAAAUCCCGCCCACCUCUGCCAAUGGUGCAGAAGCAUGUGGGAGGGUGUGUGCUCGCGGCUGCAGAAGUGGCUGUGUGAGCGAGUGGGCGUGUACAUGGAGGACUUCCACUUCCAGCCAGAGGAGAGCGCUGUGGAGACUGAGGAGCCACUCAGUGCCAAGAGGUUAACAGAGAACAUGAGGCGACUCAAGCGAGGGGCUCGUCCGGUCACCAACUUCAUGAGGAACCUGUCGGCCCUGUCCAGCUGGCACUCUGUCUACACCUCUGCUUUUGCAUUCAUCAUCUACAUGAACGCAGCGUGGCAUGGUUGGGCCAUCCCCAUGUUGCUGUUCCUGGCCAUCCUGAGGCUCUCCCUCAACUACCUCAUCUCCAGAGGAUGGAGAAUUCAGUGGAGUAUUGUACCUGAAGUCUCAGAGCCAGUGGAGCCUCCGAAGGAAGACCUGACCGUGUCUGAGAAGUUCCAGCUGGUCCUCGAUGUAGCGCAGAAAGCACAGAACCUUUUUGGGAAGAUGGCCGACGUUUUGGAGAAAAUUAAAAACCUGUUCAUGUGGGUGCAGCCUGAGAUCACCCAGAAGCUCUACGUGUCUCUGUGGGUGGCCUUCAUCUCCUCCUGUCUGCUGCCCUACAAACUGGUGGGCUUCAUGAUGGGCCUGUAUGCUGGGGUCAAGUUCUUCAUCGUUGACUUCCUGUUUAAGAGCUGUCCCAAGCUGAGAGACAAGUACGACACUCCGUACAUGGUGUGGAACCUGCUUCCCACAGACCCCCAGCUCAAGGAACGCUCCAACGCCACCGUGGGGUCCCGGAGGAUCCAGCCGGUGGUGUCCAGGAGCAGUCUGGCUGCGGUGCCGUGUGGUCUGACCAGAGAAGAAGAGAGCUCCCGCACCCACAGCACCAAGAAGGGAGCCUUCCACGAGGUGUUCAGCCUCCCGGACACGGAGCGCCCCCUGGCGGUGUGUGAGAACGGCUGGAGGUGCUGUCUGAUCAACAGAGACAGGAAGAUGCCCACAGACUACAUCAGAAACGGAGUGCUCUACGUCACAGAGGGCUAUCUCUGCUUUGAGAGCUCCAGCUCCAGAUCUGGCCCCUCUAAGAAAAAUAAAGUCAUCAAGCUGGUGGACAUCACUGACAUACAGAAGUACAAGGUUCUGUCUGUUCUUCCUGGUUCUGGGAUGGGCAUCUCCAUAGCAACUCCCUCCACACAGAAGCCUCUGGUGUUUGGAGCCAUGAUCCACAGAGAUGAGGCUUUCGAGGCCAUCUUCACCCAGUACAUGAAGAUCAUGACCACCAGCAGGCCUCCAGGGAACCCUGAACUCUAGCUGGCCGUGUCCCACUAAGGGAGCCCCGGGAUGGGCUUCAGAUCUGCGGCACGCCCCUCCCCCUCUCUGGAUCUGCCUGCUUUGAAGGAUAUAGUGCACUCUCUCUCUGUGUGUUAGUGAGAGUGUGUGUGUGGUGUGCGUGUGUGACAAGGUGGGUCAGAGGGACUUUUAUAUCAAAGACGUCUCAUCACUAGCAAGGAGGCUGGAUCUCCCUGGUUCCUUCUCACUUACUGUACGUGUGAGUGUGUGUGAGUGAGUGAGUGUGAGUGUGAGUGAGUGAGUGUGAGUGUGUGUGUGUGAGUGUGUGUGAGUGUGUGUGUGUGAGUGAGUGUGUGUGAGUGUGUUUUCCCACUCACCAGAUCAUCUCUUGAUCUAUUGAUCUCACCGGUUCUGCUUCCUGUGGUACGUCAGUGUUACGGUUCCACCUGCUUCCUGUGGUACGUCAGUGUUACGGUUCCACCUGCUUCCUGUGGUACGUCAGUGUUACGGUUCCACCUGCUUAUGUUGGCUUCUGUUACUGCGUUCCUGUUGUGCUGUACACUGUGACUGUGUAUCCAUUAGAACCCACACAGAACCUUUCAGUCAGGAUCCACAGCUGCUGUUGUCCCUGGAGACGCACACACACACACAGUUAUGCACACACACACACGCUCACCUCAGCCACUAUGCUUCAGAACAGGUGUCUUUCCCACAGGUUGGUGUUUGUUGUGAAGAAGGUUUAAAUGCCUUUAUUUUCGUCGAGACAUUGUUUUUGUUUUGGUACCAAACAGCCAGUGGAAGAGAGGAGGACAGGUCCAGGCUCAGAUCAUCCUCGGAGCUCUCUCUGGUACAACAGCAGAACAGCUGACUCCAGACCAGCUGAGGGAGACAGUGGGAGAGGGACAUUGUCGUGUUCAUGCCUCUCUCCCUCUCUCUCUCAUAAAAGUACAUUCUGGGGUUUUAUUUUCCAUCCAAAUGAAAAAUGUUGAGGUGACUGGAACCCUUGAACCUGGAA